GCUUAUCAGACAGACUUCCGAUAGCCCGUUGUCCUCUGGGAACUGCAGUCAACAGGCUCCUGCUGGGCGCUGGCUCUGGUGGUCUGGAAACUACAAUUCCCGGCAGGCCACUAGACACAUCCGACUGUCUUAGCAGUGAGCAGGCCGAUUGCCUCAGCAGGUGUGAAGCGUGAGCUUUAGUGUCGUGGAACGCCUGGCUUCCCCGAGAGGGAGGGGAAAGGUUGUAACCACUCCUUUGAGGGGGUCGCCGGAGCCAUUGUCGUGGAUUUGUCGAGUCUGCUGGGCGGCGCCAUGGCACAAGAGCAAGUACUUUGUAACCUUCCCAUAUCCUUAUAUGAAUGGACGCCUUCAUUUGGGACACACGUUUUCUUUCUCCAAAUGUGAGUUUGCAGUUGGUUACCAACGAUUGAAAGGAAAACGUUGUCUGUUUCCCUUUGGCUUGCACUGUACUGGGAUGCCUAUUAAGGCAUGUGCUGACAAGCUGAAAAGAGAGAUAGAGCUCUAUGGAUGCCCCCCUGAUUUUCCAGAUGAAGAAGAGGAAGAGGAAGAGACCAGUGUUAAAACAGAAGAGAUGAUAAUUAAGGAUAAAGCUAAAGGAAAAAAGAGUAAAGCUGUUGCUAAAGGUGGAUCUUCUAAAUACCAGUGGAGCAUUAUGAAAUCCCUUGGUCUGUCUGAGGAAGAGAUAGUAAAAUUUUCUGAAGCAGAACAUUGGCUUGAUUAUUUCCCACCACUGGCUAUUCAAGAUCUAAAGAGAAUGGGUUUGAAGGUAGAUUGGCGUCGCUCCUUCAUUACCACUGAUGUUAAUCCUUACUAUGAUUCAUUUGUCAGAUGGCAAUUUUUAACAUUAAGAGAGAGAAGCAAAAUUAAAUUUGGGAAGCGGUAUACCAUUUAUUCUCCAAAAGAUAGACAGCCUUGCAUGGAUCAUGACAGACAAACUGGAGAGGGUGUUGGACCUCAGGAAUAUUCUUUAAUCAAAUUAAAAGUACUUGAGCCAUUCCCUUCCAAAUUAAGUGGCCUGAAAGGUAAAAAUAUUUUCUUGGUAGCUGCUACUCUCAGACCUGAGACCAUGUUUGGACAGACAAACUGUUGGGUUCGUCCUGAUAUGAAGUACAUUGGAUUUGAGACAGUGAAUGGUGACAUAUUCAUCUGUACCCAAAGAGCAGCCAGGAAUAUGUCAUACCAGGGCUUUACCAAAGACAAUGGUGUGGUGCCUGUUGUUAAGGAAUUAAUGGGGGAGGAAAUUCUUGGUGCAUCACUUUCUGCACCUUUAACUUCAUAUAGGGUGAUCUAUGUUCUCCCAAUGCUAACUAUUAAGGAGGAUAAAGGCACUGGUGUGGUCACAAGCGUUCCUUCUGACUCCCCUGAUGACAUUGCUGCCCUCAGAGACUUGAAGAAAAAACAAGCCUUACGAGCAAAGUAUGGAAUUAGAGAUGAUAUGGUCCUGCCAUUUGAGCCGGUGCCAGUCAUUGAAAUCCCAGGUUUUGGAACUCUCUCUGCUGUAACCAUUUGUGAUGAGUUGAAAAUUCAGAGUCAGAAUGACCGAGAAAAACUUGCAGAAGCAAAGGAGAAGUUAUAUCUGAAAGGAUUUUAUGAUGGUGUAAUGUUGGUGGAUGGAUUUAAAGGACAGAAGGUUCAAGAUGUAAAGAAGACUAUUCAGAAAAAGAUGAUUGACUCUGGAGAUGCGCUUAUUUACAUGGAACCAGAGAAACAAGUGAUCUCCAGGUCUUCAGAUGAAUGUGUCGUGGCUCUGUGUGACCAGUGGUACUUGGAUUAUGGAGAAGAGAACUGGAAGAAACAGACAUCUCAAUGCUUGAAGAACCUGGAAACAUUCUGUGAGGAGACCAGGAGGAAUUUUGAAGCUACCUUGGGUUGGCUACAAGAACAUGCUUGCUCAAGAACUUAUGGUCUAGGCACUCGCCUGCCUUGGGAUGAGCAGUGGCUGAUUGAAUCCCUCUCUGAUUCCACGAUUUACAUGGCAUUUUACACAGUUGCACACCUGUUGCAGGGGGGUAACCUAUGUGGACAGGCAGAGUCUCCGCUGGGCAUCAGACCUCAACAGAUGAUCAAGGAAGUUUGGGAUUAUAUAUUCUUCAAAGGAGCUCCGUUUCCCAAGACUCUGAUUCCAAAGGAAAAAUUAGAUCAGCUAAAACAAGAGUUUGAAUUCUGGUAUCCUGUGGAUCUUCGAGCCUCUGGAAAGGAUCUUGUUCCAAAUCAUCUUUCAUAUUACCUGUAUAAUCAUGUGGCCAUGUGGCCAGACCAAAGUGACAAGUGGCCUGUCUCUGUGAGAGCAAAUGGACAUCUCCUCCUCAACUCUGAGAAGAUGUCAAAAUCCACAGGCAACUUCCUCACUUUGACCCAGGCUAUUGACAAGUUUUCAGCUGAUGGAAUGCGCUUGGCUCUAGCUGAUGCUGGUGACACUGUUGAAGAUGCCAACUUUGUGGAAGCCAUGGCAGAUGCAGGGAUCCUUCGUUUGUACACCUGGAUGGAAUGGGUGAAAGAAAUGGUUGCCAACUGGGAUAGCUUAAGAAGUGGUCCUGCCAGCACUUUCAAUGAUAGAGUUUUUGCCAGUGAAAUGAAUGCCGGAAUUCUAAAAACAGAUCAAAACUAUGAAAAGAUGAUGUUUAAAGAAGCUUUGAAAACAGGUUUUUUUGAGUUUCAGGCCGCGAAAGAUAAGUACCGGGAGCUGGCCAUCGAAGGUAUGCACAGAGAACUUGUGUUCCGGUUUAUUGAAGUUCAGACACUUAUCUUGGCUCCAUUCUGUCCACAUCUGUGUGAGCACAUCUGGACACUCCUGGGAAAGCCUGACUCAAUUAUGAAUGCUUCAUGGCCCAUGGCGGGUCCUGUGGAUGAAGCCUUGGUACGUUCCUCACAAUAUCUCAUGGAAGUAGCACAUGACCUUAGGUUACGACUCAAGAACUAUAUGAUGCCAGCAAAAGGGAAGAAGACUGACAGACAACCCCCUCAGAAGCCCUCACAUUGCACCAUCUACGUGGCAAAGAACUAUCCACCUUGGCAGCAUGCCACCCUGUCACUUCUGCGUAACCACUUUGAGGCCAACAGUGGAAAGCUGCCUGACAACAAAGUCAUUGCCAGUGAACUAGGCAGUAUGCCAGAACUGAAGAAAUACAUGAAGAAAGUGAUGCCAUUUGUUGCCAUGAUUAAGGAAAAUCUGGAGAAGAUGGGGCCACGUGUUCUUGAUUUGCAGUUAGAAUUUGAUGAACAGGCGGUGCUUAUGGAGAAUAUAGUCUACCUCACUAAUUCCCUUGAGCUAGAACACAUAGAAGUCAAGUUUGCCUCCGAAGCAGAGGAUAAAGUCAGAGAAGACUGCUGUCCUGGGAAACCACUUAGUGUUUUUAGAACAGAACCAGGUGUGUCAGUUUCCCUAGUGAAUCCCCAGCCAUCCAAUGGUCACUUCUCAACCAAAAUUGAAAUCAGGCAAGGAGAUAACUGUGAUUCCAUAAUCAGGCGUUUAAUGAAAAUAGACCGAGGAAUCAAAGACCUUUCCAAAGUGAAGCUGCUGAGAUUUGAUGACCCAGUAUUAGGGCCUCGACGAGUUCCUGUCCUCGGAAAAGUGCACAUUGAGAAGACCCCCAUUUCUGAGCAUGCUGUUUUCCAUGUGGACCUCAUGAACAAGAAAAUUCAUCUCACUGAAAAUGGGCUACGGGCAGAUAUAGGCGAUACAAUUAUCUAUCUGGUUCAUUAAACUCAUGCAGAUGAGAGCUUUAUCCUGGUUUCUAGGGGUACUACUGCACUGAGUAUGCCUACGGAAUGGCUAUGAGAACCUUAGGUGGGACCUAAAUAGAUUCCAUUUCUAACCAUCCAGUUCUGCAUGUAAUCACAGUUAUACAAGUCAUCUUUGAUUUCUGGACCUAAUAAAUUUUUUUCCUUCUUUGGG